AUGGGAGAUGUCAAGUCUAUGGUGUUAACCCCUGGGCCACAGGUGGAAGGUGUGAAACCAAUGGAGCUGAUCCCAGGCUCAAAACUUCAAGGUUUAAAAUCUGAGUUGUUAAUCUCAGAGUCAGAGCUGAAAGAUAUGAAAUCUGUGGCCUUAAUUCCAGGACAGUAUCUAAAAGGUAUGGAAUCCAUGUUGCUAACCUCCAGUCCACACCUGGAAGGUGAGAAAUCUGUGGAGAUAACCUCAGGGGCUGAAAUAGAAGAUGUCAAAUCUGUGAAAGAUACCGCAAAUAACAAGCUUCAAGGUGAGAAAUCUGAGUUGACUAUGCAUGCAAGAAUUCAAGAAUUCAAAACUGUGGAGUUGGUCCCAAGAACACAGCUGCAAGAUAUGAAAACUGUGGAAUUGAAAUUUGGGCCAAAGAUGCAAGGGACAAAGCUUCAAAAAGUGGAAUCAGUGGAUUUCAAGCCAGGCCCACAGUUUCAAGAUAUGAAGUCUUCUAGGUUGAUCAUGGGUGUAAAGCUUCCAGAUGUAAAAUCUACGAAUUCCAGGUCUGGGCCACAGUUGCAGGAUGUGAAAUCUCGAGUGAUCACAAGGGAAAAGCUUCAAGGAGUGAAAUCUGUAGAAUUGAAACCUAGUUCAAAGUUACAAGGUGAGAAAUCUUCUGAUAUGACCCUGGGGAGGAAGUUUUCAGGUGUGAAAUCCAGCCCAAAGUUACAAGAUAUGCAAUGUUCAGAGCUGAUUAUGGGUAUAAAGCUUCGAGAUAUAAAAUCUACAGGGUCCAAUUCUAGAUCACACUUUCAAGGUAUGAAAUCUUCUGAAAUGAUCCCAGAGUCAAAGCUUCAAGAAGUGAAAUCCUUUGGGUUCAACCAUGGUCCAAAGCUACAAGGUGGGAAAUCUGAUUUAACCCAGAAGAGGAAGCUUCAAGGAGUGAAAUCUGUGGAGUUCAACCCUAGACCACAGAGACGAGGUGAGAAAUCUGAUUUGACGCUACAGUGGAGGCUUCAAGAUUUGAAAUCUGUUGAGUUAAAACCUGUUCCACAGCUACAAGGUGUGACAUCUUCUGAGUUAACACCAGAAACAAAGCUUCAAAGUGGAGGAUCUGUGGAAUUCAUCACCAGGCCCACGUGGCAAGAUACGAAAUCUCUUGAAUUGAAUCUAGGUACAAAGGUACAAGAUGUGAAAUCUUUGGGGUUCAAGUCAGCCCUACAGUUACAAAAUAGGAAAUUGUCUAUGUUGACACCAGGGGCACACUUUCAAGGUAUGAAAUCUGUGGAAUUCAACCCUGGGGCAAAGUUGCAAGGUGCAAAAUCUCCUGAGUCCAUAAAGCUUCAAAUAGUGAAAACUACAGAAGUCAAUCAUGACCCAGAAUUUCGGGUUGCAAACCCCUCUGAGUUAGCCUUGGAAUCAAAGAUUCACAGUGUGGUAUCUUCUGAGUUCAGUGCUGGGAAGCAGUGGCAAGAAGAGAAAUCAUAUAAGUUGAACCCACGGCCAGAGCUUCAAAGUGUAAAAUUUAUGGUAUACAAUCCUGGACCACAUUUGCAACAUAGAAAAUCUUCAGAAUUAUGCAAAGGGACACAGAUUCAAGAUGUGAAAUCUAUGGAAUUCAAUCCUGAGCAACAGUUGCAAGAUGUGAAAUCUUCUGAGCUGUGCCAGGGAACAAGUGUUCAAGGUAUGCAGUCUUUCCAGUUCAAUCCUGGGCCACAGUUACAAGUGAUAAAAUCUGAGUUGUGCAAAGACAUGAAGCUUCCAUAUGAGCAAUUUCCGGAAUUCAAUCAUGAGCCUAAAUUACAAGAGUUGACACCAGGGUCCCAACAGCAAGGUAUGAAUUGCCAAGAGUUGACUUCAGGAUGGCAAGGUAUGAAAUCAGUGGUGUUGGCACCAGAGCCAGUUAAGAAGUUCAUACCAGGACCGAUGUUGGCUAGUGUUAAAUUUUCAAGUUUGUCUCCAGAAUCACAGCAACAAGGUGAGAAAUCUUUGGAGUUUACUCCAGAACCAAAGUUGCAAAGUAUAAAACAUGUGAAAUUGUCUUCAGCAUCUCUGCAACAAGACAUAAAACCUGUAGAGUUACCACCAGGGUCACUGCUUCCAGAACAAAAUCUGAGGAAGCUAACUCCAAAAAGAAGGUAUCCAAUCACAAACUCCUCUGAAAUAAUCCCUAGGCCAGAGCAUCAGUUUGUAGAACAUGUGGAGAUGAUCCCAACGCCAAUGCAUCAGGUCCCUAAAUCUGUGAGUUUGAUUUCAAUACCAAUUUAUCACAUCACAGAAUCUUCAGCAAUGGCACAAAGGUUGGCACACCAAGGCAAAGAACCAUAGAAGAAUCUGUAGGUUGACCCCAAAGCCUACAAGUAAGCCAUGGAAUCUUCAGGAAUGCCUCUAGGGCUAGAUCUCCAAGUACCAGAAUCUGUUGAUGUGACUCCAGUGGUAAGAAAUCGAGGCUCUAAAUCCUUAGAAUUACCAAAGGAAAGCUACCAAAUCCCAAAAACUCUGGAGUUGCUCUCUCAGUCCACAGACUCAAGUUAAGGAUUUGGAGGAAUUACAUACAAGGCUACUGCAGCAAGCUGUAGGAUCUGAAGAGAUGACCCAGAGCCCAAGCAUCACACUACAGAAACUAUGGGCUUGACCUCCAAGGCAAGGCCAAAAAGGAAGGAAUUCCUUGGAAACCCCAAGCCAAUACGUAAAACCACUGGAUAUGCAGAGAGAUUUCCAAGGCCCUAUCCUCAAGCACUAGAUUUGUGGAGGUGAUCUCUGAGAAAAGGCUGCAAAGGGAAGACCUCUGAAGCAUUGAUUACACAGUCAUUACAUUCAUGUCCCAGGUCUUCAGAGAUGACACCAGGACUAGGAUAUCAAGUUCCUGAAUCUAUGGCAAGGGGAUGGAUCAGUGGGAUUAUCAUUGUCACAGAAUCAAGGAUGAAAUAUUCAGAGAUAGGUCCAGGACUACAAGGUCGAACAGAAUAUAUGAGGAUUAGUCCAAAGCCACCAGAUCAGGUCACAGAAUCUACAAAGACACAGCUUCACGUUGCUCAAGGGGUAACCCCGGUAGUUCCCCAAAAAGUUAUUGACUAUGUGAAAGUGACUUCUGGGCCACCACCUCAAGUUGUGAAAUCUGUGGCAUUAACACCAGGGCCAAUCUCUCAAAUGGUAGACUGUCUUGAGUUGACUCCAAAACUGCAAGAUGUGAGAUCUUCUGAGUUUACCUCAGGGCUAUGGUUGCAAAAUGUGAAAUCUAAGAAAUUAGCCACAGAGCCAACACACCAAAUUUUGGAAACAAUGAAGUUGACCGGGUUUCAAUCGUAAAGACUGUGUUAAUCCAGGGCCACACUUCAAAUUGUAAAAUCUGAGGAAUUAGCACCAGGACCAAUUCCUCAGGUUGUAGAACCAAUAGGAGUAGCCUUAGGGUCAGCGAUUGAAGCACUGGAUUGUUUGGUAUUCCGAGGGCCACAGCUUCAAGAAAUGGUAGAACCUGUAGAAUUAACUCCAAGGCCAAAUACUAAAGUGAAAUCUGCAGAAUUACUCUCACAGCCAACAUCUCCAUUUGAGAAACCUACAAUGUUCACUCGUGAACAAGGGCUUCAGGCCAUGAAAUCAGUAGGGACAAAAAUAGGGUCUUCUCAAAUCAGGGAAUCUGAGGAUUUGAAUCUAGGACAGGUAUAUCAGAUUAGGGAAUCUGAGGAUUUUACAUCAAGAGAGGAGGUACAAAUAGAUAAUUAUAUCUCUAGAUUUCUGCACAACUCUUCAAACUCGCUUAUCUCAAGCUCUGCCGAAACAUGAUUAGGAAGCCUUUGGGAUUUUGAGCUGCCGGAAGUACAAGGACUUUUGGAUGUAAAAAACCUUGGGACAGAUAUUUUGGAGCCUGAAGAGUCCUUUAUAGACUCUACUAUGAUACGGUCUUCAACCCUUACCUUGUCCCUUCAUAAUCAACCGUUUGAUAAAAUAACUAACAUUGUAGAAACCCCACAUUUUGAGAUCCCAGGAGUGGGUUUCAAUAUCUAAGGAGAGGACUAUAAAGAGCAGUGGAAGAGCUAGAGAACUUACUCCACGGACCUAUCCCAACAUCCACCACAAAGGCUGGAGAUCACCAUCUAGGACGUUUCAGUCAGGAUCGGAACUCAAAGAGGCCUUACCUGGUCUGUCCUGGGGAGACAACAGAAUGUCUGGGAGAAUCACUCCUGGAGAACAGCGACUACUAGAAAAUAUCUCUCCAAUAUGCUAACGCUGGGGAAUGUCUUGGGAGCCACUAUGAAAAGGAAGCUCUAUUCUCGAACAUCUUUAACAGAGAGAGCCACUGCAGAUGUCUGUCAGUCUAUUCAGAAUUUAUUUGGGGUUCCAGCUGAACUGAUGAAAUUUUCCCAGAGUUUGCUAGAGAAGGGUCGAGGUACUAUCUCUCAGCCUUCAGUGGUCAAAAACUACAUUCAAAGACAUACUUCAUGUCAUGAUCAUGAGCAAAGAAUGGCCUUAAAGAUGUGGACACGUGGUUCCAUGUCCUCUAUAGUACAGCAAUACUCUGGGACUAGAAUGAGAAUAAAGAAAGUGAAUUCAAGGCUCAAUGAUAUAUCCAAGGAAGUCAUUCAGCCCAUUCCUGCUUCAUGUACAGGGGGCCAGCCUCCUGCCCCAGUAAAGUUAGAGUCCUCCUUCGAUAUAGUUUUCAUUAGGAAAGAUUCUGUUCCAGUGGAAGAGAGUGAGAACUCACAGAGUAAUUCACAGACAAGGAUUUUUGAAUCCCAACACUCUCUCAAGCCAAGUUUUCUUCCCCAGGCCAAAACUGACUUCUCAGAACAGUUCCAGCUGUUACAAGAUCUGCAGCUAAAAAUAGCAGCAAAACUGUUAAGGAGUCAAAUACCCCCAAAUGUUCCUCCACCUCUAACUUCAGGUCUGGUUUUAAAAUACCCUAUCUGCCUACGGUGUGGCCGAUGUGCAGGAUUUAGUUGCUGUCAUAAAUUACAGGGCACUCUUGGGCCUUACCUUCUUAUUUAUCCACAGCUCCACCUCGUAAGCACUCCUAAAGGCCAUGGAGAGAUUAGGUUGCAUCUUGGCUUUAGGCUGCGAACUGGGAAAAGACCCCAAGUUUCAAAGUAUCACAGAAGAGACAGACCCAUCACACCAAGGAGUCCUAUGUCACCAUCACUAAGGAAAGCUAAUGUAUACACUCGAGCUUCCAAGAGUCCUACUUCUACGAUAGAUUUCCAGUCUGGAUCUUCCCAGGCUCCUGCUUCUCCUGUACAAGUGCACAUCAGGCGAAGGCCGUAUAGGAGCCCUGACCUAGUAGGAAAGACAGAAAUUAGAGACCAUGGGCAAUAUGAAUUUACUCAAGUUCACUCUUUACCAGAUAGUGACUCUGAAGAUGUUCAGGAUGAAAAAUGGGCUAACAGGAGAACCCAAAAGACCCAUGAUUCAAAAUAUCCAAUGAAAGGAACCAAGGGAGGCAGAACACAAAACGCAGAGUUCUACACAAAUGGUAGAGCCAUGACACAGAGUCCUUCUAGGGAAUUACCAGUCCAGUUUAGAAGGAAGAGGAAUGGAGCAUCUCAGGCAAUGACUGCCUCGUUAAAAAGACAACCUAAGAAAUCCUCCCAACCCAAAUUCAUUCAACUGCUUUUUCAAGGCCUAAGGCAAGCAUUCCAGAUGGCACACAGAAUUAUGGCUUUUGUUGGGCAGAAGCCUGAGGACAGAUCAAGGCCAGACCAUUUGUGGUCAAGCAAAAACCAGCAUCCAAAACGAAAAGCCAGAGACUAUUACUUAUCAAGAGAUAUCAAAAGUGACGGGAUGCCAGUUGUCAAGCUAAAGCCAACAGACCUAACCACUAAGCAGGAGAGCACAUUAAGGGAAGAAACAGAGCAACUCAGAUCAGUUCAACAACCAAAAUGGGAUAGCUCUUUCAAGCCCAGACAUACCCAACUGCCCAAGCGCAUAGUUUCCCAAAGAAGUACCACUUUCAAAACCACUUCAAGCAGACAGUCUAUGGGUGUUGUUCAAAAUGACAGUAGCAGCAGAGCUAAGAAAAACUUUGGCAGAAGUGAAAUCUCCAUCCAGGAGUCCAAGAACUCCAAAUCGGGAACCAGAGUUCAGGACCGAGGGAGAAUUCUACAAGAUUCACUUAAGAGCAACUCACACAGUCACCUUAAAGAGAAACUGACACCCAAGAAACGAAACCACAAAAGCUUCUUAAGGCAGAGAACCCCAUGUAAUUCCUCUGAAAGGAGCCAUGGUAGUCCCUCUCAGAGGAGCCAUCACAGUCUCUCUCAAAGGGGCCACCAAAGUCCCUCUGAGAGGAGAUGUCGUAGCCCUUCUGAGAGGAGCCAUCGAAGUCCUUCUGAGAGGAGCCAUCGCAGUCUCUCCGGAAGGAGCCGUCAAAGUCCCUCUGAGAGGAGCCACCGAAGUCCUUCUCAGAGGAGCCAUCGCAGUAUCUCCAGAAGGAGCCGUCAAAGUCCCUCUGAGAGGAGCCACCGAAGUCCUUCUCAGAGGAGCCAUCGCGGUCUCUCCGGAAGGAGCCGUCAAAGUCCCUCUGAGAGGAGCCACCGAAGUCCUUCUCAGAGGAGCCAUCGCAGUAUCUCCAGAAGGAGCCGUCAAAGUCCCUCUGAGAGGAGCCACCGAAGUCCUUCUCAGAGGAGCCAUCGCGGUCUCUCCGGAAGGAGCCGUCAAAGUCCCUCUGAGAGGAGCCACCGAAGUCCUUCUCAGAGGAGCCAUCGCAGUAUCUCCAGAAGGAGCCGUCAAAGUCCCUCUGAGAGGAGCCACCGAAGUCCUUCUCAGAGAAGCCAUCGCAGUCUCUCUGGAAGGAGCCAUCAAAGUCCCUCUGAGAGGAGCCACCGAAGUCCUUCUCAGAGGAGCCAUCACAGUAUCUCCAGAAGGAGCCACCAAAGUCCCUCUCAGAGGAGUCAUUGCAGUAUCUCCAGAAGGAGCCAUCAGAGUCCCUCUGAGAGGAUCCAUCGAAGUCCUUCUCAGAGGAGCCAUCUCGGUCUCUCUGGAAGGAGCCAUUGGAGUCCCUCUGAGAGGAGCCACCAAAGUUCUUCUCAGAGGAGCCAUCACAGUAUCUCCAGAAGGAGCCACCAAGGUCCUUCUCAGAGGAGUCAUUGCAGUAUCUCCAGAAGGAGCCAUCAGAGUCCCUCUGAGAGGAUCCAUCGAAGUCCUUCUCAGAGGAGCCAUCGCGGUCUCUCUGGAAGGAGACAUCAGAGUCCCUCUGAGAGGAGAUGUCGCAGUCCCUCUGAGAGGAGACAUCACAGUCCUUCUCAGAAGAGCCAUCGCAGUCUCUCUGAAAGGAGCAAUCAAAGUCCUUCUCAGAGGAGCCAUCAUAGUGUCCUCCAAAAGGAGCUGCCCAGAGUCCCUCUGAGAGGAGAUGUCGCAGUCCUUCUGAGAGGAGAUGUCGCAGUCCCUUUCAGAAAAUUCAUCACAGUCCCUUAG